UUUGUUGGCGUAUAAUCUCUCCGAUUGUACCAUUCUACUGUACAUUUUGUCUACAAAGAAAUGAUCAAUCCAACAGUUAAAAUAUUAUUUAUGAAAUUAAUAAUUUAAUGUACCUAACCUACUUAUCACAUAAACUCGUCGACUAAAGAAAUUAACUCAUGACCAAUUACAGUACCCAAUGUAUGUAAUUCGUAUUUCCAUUCUGUAAUCCGUGGAGCAACAAUAAACAACGAAUUCGCGAUUAAAAUGUCAACUUUUCAAACUCAACUUUUGCACGCGUUGGGAAACAGAACGAAGGUUUUCCCCGAGCUAAGAAAGGUGUUUGUUCGUCCUUUGAUACAAAUUGCUGUAAAAGCAAUAAAUCAAGAGCACAUAGAGGGAGGAAUAUUGGACAGGAUAAGUCAGAAGUAUAAUGUGCCAGAAGAAUCUGUGGAUGAAUAUUAUUCGGUCAUUCAUACAAUACUAAAAGUCCAUUUAGGCACACUCUCUCAAAAUGUUAAGCCUGCUGAGUUCAAACAAAUAUUAGAUGAAUUAAAAUUGCCUUCAGACUGUAUCGAUGACUUGUCUACCAUUGUGUACGGUCAAAAACGACCAGAACUAGUAGCAGGUUUGAUAAAUAGAUCAAAAUUUUAUGCACACUUGAUAUCAUGCAAGUGGCGUGUAGACAUCACCAUCUCUUCUAGCACUAUAAAUAGGGUUCUGGAGCCACAUAUUAUAAUGGAAUGGACAUUCAACAAUGGUGAACAUCAGAUAUUCGAAUUAUCUUUGCCCAAACUCCAUCAACUGAGGCAUGCUGUAGCAACCAUACUUGUGGAAAUGCAAAAGGUUGAACAACAGUGUGCUUCAAAGAACAUUCUGUGUAGCUGAUAAUCAUAUCUCUUUUUACGUUUUAACUGCAUGUAAUAUGUAAACAAGACAAUUUAGAAUUAAGUUUUAUAUUGCAAGGAUACUGCUAUAUGUAAUAAUGUAAAUAAUGAAAUAAAACAAA